CAAACCGUAGUCUGUUUUGGUAGGAGAUUUCUGAUUGGAGCUAGACGGUCCGAAAGCUUAGUCGCUGUGUUAACAUCUUAUUUCUUUUUGGAAUUGGCGAGUUUUAGUUUUACACAAGAGUGUUCGUCUAUUGUUAUAUUUUUCAUUUUUAGAUUUUUUUUUUUCGAAAAUGUGCGAGGCGCUGUUGGCAAGCUCACACAGUCUGUGCAUGUGUGUCCCUGCUGCUUUUCUGCUGGGCUACAGCUACUAACCUAGCUGCUUUUCACUCGGUGGUUAGCUAACGUUAGCCUGGCCGCGUUUAUUGACUUGAGGGAAAAAACACAAGCGAAUGUAAAGCGUGCGUGUGCGAUUUGUUUUUAUGACAACGGUCCUUAACUAUUUUCUAAUCGUUGCUGUCGGUACGCUAAGAAGUGUUGUAUGAUUUGUCGUAGAAAAUACUUUGCUGGCUAGCUAACAAGCUAGCUAUUUGUGUGUAUUCUUCGACUGAGGAAAACGGCGAGUUUUCUUUGAAAGUAUGGAUGACCAGACCAGGAUGAUGACGGGUCUCACCGGACUCGGUGGACUACAACAAGCCGAUGUCGGUGACCCAGACUCGGUCAGAAAACAGCAGUCCCUCGGUCAGCCUCAACAAGACAUAGGGGAUAUCCUACAGCAAAUAAUGGCCAUCACCGACGAAAGCCUGGACGAAGCACAGGCCAGAUGCUGGCCAGAGGAAUCGCCGGCGCAUUGGGGUGGAUCAGACGACCCCACAGAGGGAGGGAGAGCAGGGGGGGGCAUGGCAGGGGGUGGCCUGCCACUCAACUUCCAGCACAGGAAGCAUGCCCUGAACUGUCACAGAAUGAAGCCAGCCCUCUUCAGCGUUCUCUGUGAGAUCAAAGAGAAGACGGUGCUGAGUAUACGAGGUGUGCAGGAGGAGGACCCCCCAGAUCCCCAGAUCAUGCGGUUGGACAACAUGCUGCUAGCAGAGGGCGUGUCGGGACCAGAGAAGGGUGGAGGAUCUGCUGCAGCCGCUGCAGCUGCAGCAGCAGCAGGGGGCUCGCCUACCGACAGCAGCAUCGAACACUCUGAUUACAGAGCCAAGCUUGCCCAGAUCCGCCAGAUUUAUCACUCUGAGCUGGAGAAGUACGAGCAGGCCUGCAGUGAGUUUACCAACCAUGUAAUGAACCUGCUGAGAGAGCAGUCUCGCACACGGCCCAUCUCUCCCAAGGAGAUUGAGCGCAUGGUGGCCAUCAUCCACCGCAAGUUCAGCUCAAUUCAGAUGCAGCUCAAACAGAGCACCUGCGAGGCCGUCAUGAUUCUGCGCUCACGCUUCCUUGAUGCCAGACGUAAGAGGCGCAACUUCAACAAGCAAGCUACAGAGGUGCUGAACGAGUAUUUCUACUCCCACCUGUCUAACCCUUACCCUAGUGAGGAAGCCAAGGAAGAACUUGCCAAAAAGUGUGGGAUCACUGUGUCUCAGGUCUCUAAUUGGUUUGGCAACAAGAGAAUACGCUACAAGAAGAACAUUGGUAAGUUCCAGGAGGAAGCGAACCUCUACGCAGUUAAAACAGCGGUGGAUGCUGCCAAUGUGUCUGCGCAGGCUAGCCAGGCUAACUCUCCUGCAACGCCCAACUCAGCUGGGUCACCGGGGUCAUACAGUUUGUCUCACACAGGCGACGCCUACCUCGGCCUGCAUACGCUCAACGGGGAGGGUCUCAACAUCGCCCCCUCUCUACAGCCGCAGGUGGAUACCCUGCACCGUGCUACACACCUGACGGGCGGCUAUGAGGAGCUGUCGGGUAGUGGCCUCUACACCCCUCAUCGCCUGGAUGCUAACAGCUGGCAGGACACCACCAACCCCCCCUCGGUCACCUCCCCUCCCGGUCCUCCUGGCAGCGUCCACUCCGACACCUCCAACUGAUUCGGUGGCUCUCCCUGCCAUCAAUUCAUUCCCACUGCGGUCUGCUUCGACUACGAUCCUCUGUCCUCAUUUUUCACUAUUCCCUUGUCUCUCAACUAGACAGCCACACAAGGCUGUACUCGCAUUUCAUAAACACACACUGUGCUGGAACACAGGACAGCCGAACAGUAGUAAGGAGGAAUUCUCCCUCCGCCCCAGAGCUCCACUUCAAUGCUAGAAGCUCCUUAACUCAGAAUAAAAGAGGGUUGGAGCUUGCUGAUGCUGAGACAGAUAGAAAGCAUCUUUACUGUCAAGGACUUUUUGAAAACCACUGACCCAGCCGUGUAGAUGAUCAUGAUGUCUGUACAUUAUGUGUAUAUGCACGUUAACUUCACACAGUACUCACACAGCUUGUCCAUGUGCUGUUGACCUCUGCACUCAACCCUUUGCUUUGGAAAACUGUGUGUGAUUGCCUGUAUCUCUUGAAGCCUUGGCAUUUGACAGCCAAACUGUUGAUACGGAUCACCAGGGAGCUCUGCUCACCUUGCUCGUACCAAAGUGCUGCCCCAGUAGUUGUCAACACACCUGUUCCUCUGAGAUCACCCUCUGCCAACUCAACACAAGACACUGUUGUAUCUUCCAGUCCUUCUAGCUUGAUGUUUCAUUCUGUUGGAGAUUUCAAAGUGAGUACUUGAGAUAUGCACAGAUGUGCAUGCACCCUCCCUUCCAUAACACACACCUCACAACUUUUCAGUCGUUUUCACAGUGAGCUGACAUAAAAGAUGUGUCAAGCACAAAAGUUAGCAUCCUCGUUAUGGGUGUCUCUACCUGUAAAAGGGUAGUUAAGGGGUUGUUCUAAACCAUACAGGACAGGUGAUAAUAGGGCUGGUGAGAAGAGGAGGAAAGGGCAGAGAGAGGAGAAUAUCUUUGGUUGAGUGGAUGUAACUAAUAGCCCUUUUUGUUGCUAACCAAUAGAGGGUGUUGGUAGAUGGCUUGUAGACUUUACUUCUUGCUUUCUGUCCACUAGUUUAUUUGAUUGUAGGCUAUUUUCUAAUGCUGUUUCACCAAGAAUGCACCAGCCACCACCAAAAAUUAGCUCAAUAAAGCAUCUAAAUGACAUUUGGAGAAGGGUGGAAAGAUUGUGGGGCAUUGAUGUGUUAUUGGGACAAAUGUGACAUGAAUUUAGAAACGUGACUGUCUUCCAUGCAUGUAGGACUUCUAGGCGUGAUAUUAUUGUUUUCAUUUAACCUUCCGAGUUUUUAGCUUCGUUUUUAUUAACAAAAAAAUAAAGGGUAUAAUUAUUACAGUCAGACCAAAAAGGAAAAAGUGCAUCAUGUAUUGCAAUGAUGUGUGUGUCUCUGUGUGGGCGUGUGUACAGUGUUCUUGGGAUGUCUUAGUCAAACUGGCUGGUGCCCUCUGACCUUUGUAAGCAUUAUAGAGACUGGGUGCUCCCACCAGCCAAUGACACACCAGGUGGGGUUCAACUGAGAUCACCUCCCCAUCUUGAAACAUUUAAGCUUGUGAGCCUGAGGCAACACACUACAACCUUCUGUUGUACCAAAACCAAAAAUACCACAUUCAGCAAUGUAAUAAUGCUACUCUGUGUCUCUCUAAAGUUGGUGCACAGCCACCUUUUCAGUUCGAGGAGAGGAGGGAAUUAUAUUUGUAUCUGUGUCUCUCUGUGUGGUGUUGUCAUGCCUCAAGUUGAUUUGACUUUUGGGGUUUUUGUUGUGGGGCGUCAUGGGAGGGUGGGUGGAGUGAGGACCGUCAUAUCACACCUGUAUUUUGAUUGUGAGCAUUGAAGGUAUGCUAUCCCUUUUACCCAUGUUUUAAUACCUUCUGAUUAAACCACAGCUAUUUUGUUUUCAGUUCAGUGGCCAAUUGGGCAAGGGCUUCUCUCUCUCCUCUGUUACCAAAAAAAGAGGCAGCACUGGGUGUAGUAAAACUCUUAACUCGUGUUUAAGACAAACCUGCAAUGUUUUUGGGGAUUUUAAUUUUUUGGAACUAUUUUAUACAUUAACUGUUAUGUGAAUAACAAAGCAUUUUGAUAGUAAGGUAAAGCCUUAUGAAGAUUUAAGUGUCAGUCACGACUUUGUUGAACCAUGUUACAGAACAAAACUUGAGCUUAUAAGCUGGUCACAUGUGAUAUCCCACAUCUAAUUACUUGUUUUGUUACUCAUCGCAGUUCAUACGACAGUAUCUUAUGAAUAACGUUAUCGCCACACCAAAUUAUCAUCCUCCCCCUUUUUCUACCUGUUGUAAUGGAUGUCACUGUACAGUUUGUGUAAUGUUUCAGUAUUUUUCUUUUUCCUUUUAUAAACUUUGUUUGGUUGAGAUGCCAGUUUUAUUUGGCCUUUGUGUCACAGGAUUCACGUUAACUCUGUAUCAACUUUGAAUAUUAUUUAGGUCUUUUGUUACAUAACCGGGAGACGAUGUAGGGUUUACAGCUGUAGCGUUUGGUGCUGUGGAAAGAUAAUUGUAUCAAUUGAGGCUCUCCAGUGGACAUUAUUUGGUGCAUUUUGCCCGAUAGAUUUAUGGACCCUCUUCCCAUGUGAUUCCCCUUUAGUUUCCUUACUUUCCACACCUUUAAAUGUUGUUUUUUUAAAAAUCAGCUUAAAUUAUUUCAUGAAAUCCCUAAUAGAGUUUUGAAAAAUUGUAAUAGUUGCUGGACAUUUGUUCAAACUCUUGGAGAUUCCAAUCAGACCAUGCAUCUAAAUGUAAAGGUGCAGAUGUUGCCCGUUUUGUGGAAACUCAAAUGUAUUCAAGUUGUGAGAAAGCAGUAUAUUUGCAUCAGCUGAGAGGAAGCUGAUACUGAACUUUGUUUGAGGAAGUUUGGACUUACUACGAAAUGGCAACUUAUUGUAAAAUGGUUAAUUCUUGUGAUACUCUGAACCAGAACGACGGGCAGGAAAAGUGGCAGACCUUCACAUUAAAGCAGAUGGUCGACACUUUGCUCCUGACAUGCAAAACUCAACUCACCUAAAAAAACGAGUGCAGCGAAAACAUUCAGGCCUCAACACUUCAGCGAGAUUGUGUAGUCACCUGUAUUUUUGUAACAGAUCUCCAGCACAGAACUUAAUUUUAUGUUUUACUCUGGACUGUGUUUAAAUCUUGUUUGGAUUCUGCAAGUGACUAAAUGACUUCCACAGCACCAAAUGGCUCCUUAAACCUUUUUGAUUUCUUUGUUUUUAUUAGCAUAUUUGUAUCUCCCCUCUUUCCCGUGUAUUUACCCCUCUCUCUACCUCUGUCUUUCCAUUUCUCUUGUAUAUAACCCCCACUGUUUUCAGACUUGUGAGUCUGUAUGAACUCCUUUUAUACCUCAACUUUAGAAUUGUUCUAGAAAGAGUAAAACAAAAAGGAAGAAUAUGACAAAUUGUAGUGUUCUUAUUAGAAAAUUAAUAAAAUGAUUUAGUGUGAUUUUUCAGUAUUUGAUUUCAGACUUUAGGAGUGUUUCAUUUUAUAAUUUGUCACAAAUGCUCUUGUGAUAGUCAAGUGUAAUAAAAGGAGAGAUUGCACCAUC